AUGAUCACCGGCCCUACCGCCUCCCCCGGCAAUGGCGUGGUUGGGCCCUACUCAGGCAACAGCCUGGCCCUGCGCAUCGUCAUCGCUACCAUGGCCGCUCUAUCCUGGUAUAACGCCAUCGAACUGGUCAUUCUCGUCUUUGUGACCUUUUCCCAGUUUCGCGGUCCCUACUUCUGGUCUCUUCUGAUCUCCGCUCUCGGUCUGAUUCCCUACUCGGCCGGCUUUCUGCUCAAAUACUUCGCUCUCACGUCCGCUACCGCCCUCUCCAUCACCCUCAUUACCAUCGGCUGGUACGCCAUGGUAACCGGCCAAUCCGUGGUGCUCUACUCGCGCCUGCAUCUCGUCCUCCCCAACCCCAAAGUCCUCCGCCGCGUCCUCACCAUGAUCAUCGUGAACGCUUUCCUCUUACAUAUCCCCACCUCCGUGCUCACCUACGGCUCCAACCUCUCCUCCCACCCAGCCAUCUUCAUCUCCGGCUACAACAUUAUGGAAAAGAUCCAAAUGACCGGUUUUUGUCUGCAAGAAUUCAUCCUCUCCGUCCUCUACAUCUGGGAAACCAUCCGCAUGCUCCGCCUCGAUCCCGACCGCGGCAAACGCAAAAUCAUGUACCAGCUCGUCGCCAUCAACCUGAUCAUCAUCGCUCUGGAUCUGGGACUUCUCGUCAUCGAAUAUCGCGACCUCUACAUCCUCGAGACCAUGAUCAAACCCGUCAUCUACAGCGUCAAACUUAAGCUCGAAUUCGCCGUCCUUGGUAAACUCGUCCUUCUUGUGCGCAGCACCCACAACCUCACCUGGAAGCCUGAUUCGCCGCUCUAUGCUGCCACCUCGCCUGUCACUAUCCCGCCGCAGAUCCCGUGCCGCAACGGUGACAUCGUUAACGGUAAUUUCAACAAUAACAAUGACUUGCCCGACUUUGUCGAUGCCACGCGCGUUCCCUCAGAUCUCAACCACGCCGCGGCCGGCGCCGCACCCCGUCGACGGCCCCCGCCCCGCAUGGACUCGGAGGAACUCUCCAUCGCCAUGUUCGAGCACUCCGAGAGCGGUGGUGCGGGGACGGGCAAUAUCCUGAAAAGUGGGAUUGGUCGAGACCGAAGUUUCGAACGAGAUCAUGGACAUAGUCUGGAUCUUCCGCCCACGGGACACUCGAACGGCUCGCAAUCGUGGAGUGGGGAGACACAGACGAAUAACUCCGCCACGGAGCGGGAAUUAAGUCCGUUGGACUUUACCAAGCCGUUUGGAAGGCAGGAUAGUAGGAGUAGUUUCUAA